AUGUUCCAUCUUAUCUUUAGCGACAACGUGAUGGUCCUUUCAACAUCCACAGUUAACUCUGGGACUUCUGUUCAUUACCAUCCUGUCUUUCCCCCAGCGCCCCUUGGCUUUGGAUUUGGCUCGCAGACUUCCGACUCGGGGGCUGCGCCCGGCGACUCUCUCCCCCUCCCCGCAACCCCGUCUCGUUCUUCCCUUCCCCUCCCCCUUCUUCAUACGAACCUCCCAACUUCUUCCCCCCCUCGGAGGUCAGCCUCGUUCUCCUCAAAGAGCGCGCCGUCGCUAAGGUGCUCUUUUCCUCCCCCUCCCUUCCUCCCCCCCUCCGCUCUUUUUUCUCACGCCGAGAGCCGACCUUUCUCAGCCAAACAAACAGCCCAUGCUGUAUCCCCGGCUACCCUAUCUGGUACUCGCCAAAUCUCCUCUACCACAUCCAAGGGGCCGUUACAUGGACCUAACCAGCAUGAUAGAGAUAUGAACGGACGGACGGCCGAGAACAAGGCGCGCCUCGCCUCACGCACCCCGGACUCGACCCUGUCAACGACGUCCUCCCCGAUUUCACCCCUGAACUCCCAACGAUCGACGCCAGGCGAGCGACCGGGCCAGCGCAUAAUGCCUCGGACUUCUUCGAUUGAUUCCGCCAUCUCAUCUCUCUCGUCCGCUUCCCAAUCCCAUAAGUCUUCGUUCGAUGUAAGCGCGUUAAGUCAAACAGACAUUGGAAACCUAAUAACUACUGCCGGAUCUGCCGAGGCGGUGAUCAAACAUCUUUUGAAAGAGAAGCACCAUGCGGCUUCUCAAAAUUCUCAGCUUUGGAGGCUGGUUGACAAGCAACGCACCCUUAUUCUCGGACUCAACAAAGACCUGGACCGUGCGUUGAAAGAUAAGGAACGUUACAAGAAAAAGGUUAAGGACCUGCAGAACUCAGCGCCACCCGUGCCAUCGGUGGAGGCACAAACAAAACAUGAUAGAUCCACCAAAGGCAGAGAAGGGCCUGGUAUUCAGGGAGGUGCCGGGCAGUCACAGGCAUCGAAUUACUAUGCUCUAACGGGAGGAACUGACUCUGGUUCAAAAAUUCCCUCCACGGAUCUGCACCAUACCAUAGCGAAGCAAUCACCUCAACCCGACUUCGUUGAGUCUCGCAGCUUGGCGGAUCAGAACGGAGAGUCGCAGACACCUCCGUCGCUAGUGUUCUCGCGACAAGAGUUGUCGACCGCGAGUCCAAGUCUGGAAAGCCCCAACACUGCCAAGGACUCAGUACCCGGCGAAGGAUCACAGCAGAGGCUCUCUCACCCGGUCCGAAAGCCGCCCCCGGCGCCAUUGAACCUUGGUCUACCAGAACACCGUUUGGUGGACCGCCCGGAUGUUUCCGACUCCGAAUCUGAAUACGAGGAUAUAUUGGCGGUUGACGAGCAGUCGUUCGAGCGGGGGCGAAGGAAAACGAGGGACGACGAUGAUCGUGAGCGCGAGACGGCCGUGCAAAGCGAACAAGGCACAUUCGAAUUUCCCGCGGGGAAAGAAAAAGCCCAGGCUACAUCCGCACUUGAAACCCCAACUGGUAAUUCAGUCGAUGCAAGAAUGGUAGACUCCCACCAAUACUCGCCGCGAACUGCACCACGAUUGGAACAGCUUGAGAUGAAUUCUCAUGUGGCCCAUAUGUCACCACCGGGCUCUCAUGCGGCCAUGAUGGCUGUCAAAAGCCCUGGCCUACCAAUGAGUCCCAGGCCGGAGGAUCGUCCUCUCGGCUCACCGUUACCGAGGAUGCCCGGUCCUUUGGCCACCAUGCCCAUAUCAUCCGGGGGUAAUGUCUCUGGCUUGGCUCUGUCCCCUCGAGCUGCUCAAUAUAACAACCCUUUCGCCUCGCCGGUUCCCGCAUCGCUUUCUUCUGACUCCGGGAAAGGUGCUGUACCCUCUAUCGAUGCCGCAGUUCGAAUUGACAGCCCUAGGUCGCCAGCCUUUAAAACUCAAGAGAUAUAUCAGGGUCUGGUCUCAGAAGACUAUCCGAACCUUCUGCUGUCCCCCAAUGCCCUUCCUUUGGUUCAGGUAAAAGUGUCGUCAUCGCGGCUGCGACCCUCGAGAAACAGCUACAACAUGUCUAAACCCUCCGAAGAGGAGCCUGUUUUUACCCUGGGUGUUUUCUCACGCGCGGACAAUGCGGAGCUCUGGCGAGUCGAAAAAGUUAUUGCAGCCCUCCCACAGCUCGACCAACAAGUCAAGCAGCUUUCGGCUUUUGGUGCGAGGCUGCCCGAUCGCUCCAUUUUCAACGGGCAUUCCCCCGCCAAGGUGGACUCACGGCGUGCUGCUUUAAAUUCUUACUUCGAGGCUCUUCUCGAUUCGCCCAUGGAUGAGAAUGCAGCGUUGGCUUUGUGCCAAUUUCUCACCACUGACGCCAUUGAACCUCGGGAUGACGAAACUAGCCUCCUGAAGGGCAAGCAACAAGCCGGCUCCGAAAUGCUGCGUGGUCCGGAUGGGAAGCCCAGGAAAGAGGGUUAUUUGACCAAACGAGGCAAAAACUUUGGCGGCUGGAAGGCACGGUAUUUUGUUCUCCAUGGUCCUGAGCUUAAGUAUUUUGAAUCACCAGGUGGUCCUCACCUCGGUACUAUCAAAAUCUAUAAUGCCCAAAUCGGAAAGCAAUCAAUGAACGCAAAUGGACAAAACAGCUCCCCUUCGCGAGCGGAGGAAGAUGUUGACAAUCAGUAUCGUCAUGCCUUUCUUGUCCUGGAGCCCAAAAAGAAGGACUCUUCUGCGCUCGUCAGGCAUGUUUUGUGCGCUGAGAGCGACGAAGACAGAGAUACUUGGGUCGAGGCGCUCCUGGAAUACGUCGAGAGUCAAUCGGAAAGUGAAAGUUCCAAUCCCGGAUCUUCAAAGGAGCAAACGCCAAUUAUCAGCAAGCAACCAGUUAGCAACUCUGCUACCACACCUAAUAUCACAUCCAAUGGAAGCAGGAAAGGGAACAGGGGCCUUGAUACGGCUGGUGCAGAAAGUCCCGAUACGGUUCAGGGGUUUAGCUACGACGACGCGGUUCCCGCCGAGCCUCCAAUCUUUGGACCAGCCUCUGAACAGAGCCCUGUAUCCCCUCUGCUUGCUCCCGGGGGCUCAGCAGAUUUUGGGGAUGUGAAUCAGGUGGCGAACCCUUCACCGGACCCCAAUCAACUCUCAUCGCGAUUCAUUUCCCGUCCCACUAAUGGUGCAGUGAUCCAGGAUGCCGGUGCCUGGGGAAACAAGGCAGCCAAUAGUGCCAAAGAGAAAAAACGAAGCAUAUGGAGCUUCCGUACCAGAUCAUCUAUUGACCUUGCUUCGCAACUUCACGCCGUCCACGAUCUUCCAACACCGCAGCCUCAUGGACACAGUUUAGGAGAUAAAAGAGAUUUCGUGAGGCCGGUAUUUGGAAUCCCUCUAGCUGAAGCUGUCCAAUUCUGUGCCCCACAGGGCGUGGCCGUCAAUCUACCGGCUGUCGUCUAUCGUUGCAUAGAGUAUCUCAAAGCCAAGGAUGCGGCAUCGGAAGAAGGAAUAUUUCGAUUGAGCGGCUCAAAUGUUGUUGUUAAGGCCCUCAAAGAGCGGUUCAACACUGAAGGCGAUGUUGAUUUUUUGGCCGGUGAUCAGUAUUACGACGUCCAUGCCGUUGCAUCCCUUUUCAAGCAGUAUCUGCGGGAGCUCCCUACAACGGUUCUCACCCGCGAGCUUCAUCUGGAAUUCCUUCGCGUGCUUGAACUCGACGAGAAGCAGAAAAAGCUCGUGGCAUUCAACUCGCUCGUUCACAGGCUCCCGAAAGCGAACCUGACCCUGUUACGGGCAUUGGUCCAAUUCCUGAUCAAUAUCGUGAAUAACUCGGAUGUCAAUAAAAUGACAGUCAGGAACGUCGGCAUCGUUUUUGCUCCAACGCUCAACAUUCCGGCGCCUGUCUUUUCAAUGUUCCUCACUAACUUCGAAGAUAUCUUCGAGGAUCCCCCAAGCUCCGGUUCGGCCACUGCGGAACUUAAUGCCAGUCACUCCAUCUCCUCAGGAGACGUCCGUUCGCCGCGCCGACAGAUGUUCUCCGACAUUCCAACGCCAGGUUAUGGCCAGACAGCCUUCCGUAAAGAAGAGCCUCUUGAGGAUUUCAAUACGCAUCACGACACUGGUUUCAUUUCCAUGCAGCCGAGCUACGAACACUCUAACCACAAAUCAGACCUCGCCAAUGAAGACGAAAUGUAUUCCCCGUCUAUGUUAACACCGGCAAACGAGACUUCUCGAUCUGCCAAGGCGAAAAGAAGAGAAAGCUCGAUGCUCUUCAUGGAACUUAACCAUCAGAGCAGCUCUCCUCCACCCUAUUAA